GUUUAGUACGGAAGUGUGCGGUCUCCGUUGUGGCUUUGUUCUAUGUUGUGGAGAAGCUAGCAUAUCUACCACAGACACGCUGAGGAGCUAGUGGGUUGCGUCAGAAGGACAUAAGCUUUUGUGGGUUCAAGCUUUUGUUACAGUUUUGGUACAAUGUCUGUUCCUCCUUCCUACUCCGACCUGGGAAAAGCGGCGAAGGAUAUCUUUAGCAAAGGAUAUGGCUUUGGAAUAGUUAAGUUGGACCUCAAGACCAAGUCGCAGAAUGGAGUCGAAUUCAACACAUCUGGCUCUACUAAUAUUGACACUGGCAAGGCUGGUGGGAGUUUGGAGACGAAGUACAAGCUGAAGGAGCUGGGCCUGGGUCUCAAUCAGAAAUGGAACACGGACAACACUCUCGCUACUGAACUUUCUGUGGAGGACCAGCUGGCAAAGGGCUUGAAGGUGGCUCUUGAUACGUCCUUUGUUCCAAACACAGGCAAGAAGAGUGGCAAGCUGAAGACUGGUUACAAGCGAGACUACAUCAACCUGUCGUGCGAUGUUGACUUUGAGGGCCCGGUCGUGCAUUCCUCGGCUGUUUUGGGCUACGCAGGCUGGUUGGCUGGUUACCAAAUGGCAUUUGACACAGCUAAGUCCAAGCUGGUGCAGAACAACUUUGCUCUUGGCUACAAGGCUGGCGAUUUCCAGCUUCACACCAAUGUAAAUGAUGGAAGCGAGUUCGGAGGCUCUGUCUACCAGAAGGUGAACAAUCAGCUGGAGACUGCGGUCACUCUGGCCUGGACUGCUGGCAGCAACAACACACGCUUUGGCAUCGCUGCCAAGUACCAGCUGGACAGUGAUGCUUCUUUGUCUGCCAAGGUGAACAAUGCCAGUCUGAUUGGAUUUGGUUACACUCAGAGUCUGCGGCCAGGUGUGAAGGUGACACUCUCUGCACUCAUCGAUGGCAAGAAUUUCAACACUGGAGGUCAUAAAGUUGGACUGGGCUUUGAACUCGAAGCAUAAAUGCCCACUCCAGUGGUAUUUAUCCUCCACCCUCCAUUGUUGUUUGUACUCAAGCAACCCCAUCAUGUCACUUGAUCGAAAAACGAAGACGUGAUAAUCGGUGCUGUUUUGAGUGAUGCAGUCAACACUUGAACGCUAAACGCUUCCAUCCUCUACAUAGAUGGUCCACCAAUGAUAGGAAUGUUCUUAAGUCUGAAAAUUUAAAAUAUUCUGUUACAAAUAAUUAUCUGUUAUUAAAAAAACACUGCACUACAACCUGUUUUCAUGGCGUUUAAUGGCAGUUGAAGUUGGUUUUUUCCAGUUUGAGUACUGCAUAAUGCAUAAUGUAAUAUAAGUGAAGCAUUAGCCGCUUUCUUCUGGGGGAUUUCGGUAUGAAAAGUAGGCAUGCUAAUAGGUUGCAGUGUCUUAGUUGGUACACAGACUUUUAAAUGGGAGUAGUGAGAGAACAUGUAGAUAAAUUCCUUCAUCUGCAUCCUGCAAUAAACUUGAACUGAAAACUGGUGUUAAGGGAGCAAUAAAUGUUAUUUACUUUGAGUUGAA